AUGUUGGGGGAUCUGAAUGCAAACAACCUCACUAAAAUCACCAAGGCGGAUUUUGCAGGACUGAGGCAUCUGCGAGUGUUGCAGCUGAUGGAGAACAAAAUCACCACGAUCGAGAGAGGAGCCUUCCAGGACCUGAAGGAGCUGGAGAGACUGCGCCUGAAUCGGAAUAAUCUGGCCGUCUUCCCCGAGCUGCUUUUCCUGGGAACAACAAAGCUUUACAGACUUGAUCUCAGCGAGAACCAGAUUCAGGGGGUUCCGAGGAAAGCCUUCAGGGGAGCUGUGGAGAUCAAGAACCUCCAGUUGGACUACAACCACAUCAGCUGUAUUGAAGAUGGAGCUUUCCGAGCGUUACGUGACCUGGAAGUGCUCACCCUCAACAACAACAACAUCAGCCGACUGUCUGUGGCCAGUUUCAACCACAUGCCGAAGCUCAGGACCUUUCGCCUGCACUCCAACAACCUGCAGUGUGACUGCAACGUGGCCUGGCUGUCAGAGUGGCUGCGACAGCGCCCCCGCCUGGGUCUUUACACACAAUGCAUGGCCCCGCCGCACUUGAGGGGGCACAACGUGGCUGAGGUGCAGAAGAAAGAGUUUGUCUGCACAGGUCACCAGUCAUCAUCAUCUUCCUCCUGCAGUGUGUUACAGUGCCCAGAGUCCUGCACCUGCAGUAACAACAUUGUGGACUGCAGAGGGAAGGGACUGACUGAAAUACCCACCAAUCUGCCUGAAACCAUUACUGAGAUACGACUGGAGCAGAACGCCAUCAAGGUGAUCCCAGCUGGGGCCUUUUCUCCUUAUAAGAAGCUGCGCAGGAUAGACUUGAGUAACAACCAGAUAUCUGAGUUAGCCUCAGACGCCUUCCAAGGUCUGCGCUCCCUCAACUCUCUGGUACUAUAUGGGAACAAGAUCACAGAGAUUUCCAAAGGACUGUUGGAGGGACUUUUUUCUCUACAGCUAUUGUUACUCAAUGCUAAUAAGAUAGCGUGUCUGCGUGUGGACGCGUUUCAGGACCUCCACAACCUCAAUCUGCUCUCACUAUAUGACAACAAGCUCCAGACCAUUGCCAAGGGGACCUUCUCGUCGCUAAGAGCCAUACAAACACUUCAUUUAGCCCAAAAUCCGUUUAUCUGUGACUGCCAUCUGAAGUGGCUUGCAGACUAUCUUCAGGACAAUCCCAUCGAGACGAGCGGUGCGCGCUGCACCAGCCCGCGACGGCUCGCCAACAAACGAAUCGGACAAAUCAAGAGCAAGAAGUUCCGCUGCUCAGGUACAGAGGAUUACCGCAGUAAGCUAGGAGGGGACUGCUUCGCCGACUUGGCCUGUCCCGAGAAGUGCCGCUGUGAGGGCACCACAGUCGACUGCUCCAACCAGAAACUCACCAAAAUACCAGACCACAUCCCCCAGUACACCGCCGAACUGCGUCUGAACAACAAUGAAUUCACUGUGCUCGAGGCGACGGGGAUCUUCAAAAAGUUGCCUCAGCUGAGGAAGAUUAACCUGAGUAAUAACCGCAUCAGUGACAUAGAGGAGGGGACAUUUGAAGGAGCCUCAGGGGUCAAUGAGCUGAUUCUGACCUCCAACAGACUGGAAAACAUACACCACCGCAUGCUGAAGGGACUCGGAGGCCUCCGCACACUUAUGCUGAGGAGUAACCGUAUCAGCUGUGUGAGUAACAGCAGCUUUGUGGGGUUGAGCUCAGUGCGUCUUCUGUCGCUCUACGACAACCAGAUCACCUCAAUGAACCCCGGCGCCUUCGACACACUGCACUCCCUGUCCACACUCAACCUCCUGGCCAAUCCCUUCAACUGUAACUGUCAUCUGGCUUGGCUCGGCGACUGGCUGAGAAGGAAACGCAUCGUCACUGGUAACCCACGCUGCCAGAGUCCUUACUUCUUAAAGGAGAUCCCUAUCCAGGAUGUGGCAGUCCAGGACUUUGCCUGUGAAGAUGGUAAUGAUGAGAACAGCUGCUCUCCAGCGCUGAGGUGUCCAGCAGAGUGUUCCUGUCUGGACACUGUGGUGCGCUGCAGCAACAAGGGCCUCACCACGCUGCCCAAAGGCCUUCCCAAAGAGACCACUGAGCUGUGA